GCUACGAGCCGUCGUAGCGUUGCUACGAGUCUACGCGACCGCUACGCUGGUAUUACAUAAACUUAGAACAAUGUGAUAAUGCCGGUAAAUAGAAAAUAUGUGAGAAAAACUUCAUUUUUUAACAUUGUUAUACAUUCGUAAUUUAGUAAAGUUAUAAGUGAUUCGUAGGUUGUGUUAGCAGAAGUGAUAAGUCGUGAUUAAGUAGCGGUUUUCUGUUCCUUCCUUUCGAUUUUGGAAUCGGAAAUAAGAUGCUAAGAAAACUCAACGAAAGCAGUGAUGUGUGCUCAAAACAGUAGUUUUAAGUGAAAAUGCUAAAAGUGUCAAUUAAACUAACAUGAAGAUGUAUAGAAAGUUGUUCUGGACGCUCAUACAUGGCUUCGCUAUGCUGCCUACUAUUGCUAUAAGGGAUUCCCACGUAGUGAACCGCAAGCUGAUAGACGUCCCUCAGUUCGAGAGACCCAUCGGCAACCAUACCUUCCACAUUGGCAAGGAGGCUGUUCUUGGAUGCUCUGUCAUCAACCUUGGGAAGCAUAAGGUGGGCUGGCUCCGAGCAGAAGACCAGACAGUCCUAUCCCUGAACGACCGAGUUGUGCUAAGUCCACGGUACUCCGUAAACCUGGACACUCCUAGUACUUGGCAGUUGAGGAUCAGACCGCUGAGGGCUGAGGACCGCGGCUGCUACAUGUGUCAAAUCAACACGCAGCCUAGUAUGAAGUGGCAGAUUGGGUGUAUUGAUGUUUAUGUACCACCUGACAUCAUAAACGAAGAAACAUCAGCAGAUGUAUCAGCCCAGGAGUUGGAUAACGUGACCCUCAUCUGCAGAGCAUCAGGACACCCGCCUCCCAAGAUCACGUGGAGGAGAGAGGAUCAUGAACCUAUGUUGCUGAAGAAAGUCGGGAGCAGGGAUUUUUAUAAAGUGGAAAGCUUCGUCGGCAGCUCGCUGCCCCUGUGGCGCGUGGACCGGCGGCAGAUGGGCGCGUUCCUGUGCAUCGCCGCCAACGACGUGCCGCCUGCCGUCAGCAAGCGCAUCAUACUUAAUGUUAACUGUGAGUAUAUUGUUGUGUAGUGGAGAGCUACGUGGCCAGUGAGCUGCCGCUGUGGCGCGUGGACCGGCGGCAGAUGGGCGCGUUCCUGUGCAUCGCCGCCAACGACGUGCCGCCUGCCGUCAGCAAGCGCAUCAUACUUAAUGUUAACUGUGAGUAUAUUGUUGUGUAGUGGAGAGCUACGUGGCCAGUGAGCUGCCGCUGUGGCGCGUGGACCGGCGGCAGAUGGGCGCGUUCCUGUGCAUCGCCGCCAACGACGUGCCGCCUGCCGUCAGCAAGCGCAUCAUACUUAAUGUUAACUGUGAGUAUAUUGUUGUGUAGUGGAGAGCUACGUGGCCAGUGAGCUGCCGCUGUGGCGCGUGGACCGGCGGCAGAUGGGCGCGUUCCUGUGCAUCGCCGCCAACGACGUGCCGCCUGCCGUCAGCAAGCGCAUCAUACUUAAUGUUAACUGUGAGUAUAUUGUUGUGUAGUGGAGAGCUACGUGGCCAGUGAGCUGCCGCUGUGGCGCGUGGACCGGCGGCAGAUGGGCGCGUUCCUGUGCAUCGCCGCCAACGACGUGCCGCCUGCCGUCAGCAAGCGCAUCAUACUUAAUGUUAACUUUUCCCCAACCGUGAUAGUGCCGAACCAACUAUUGGGUGCUCCGCUCGGCACCGAUGUGGUGCUCGAGUGUACGGUAGAAGCUUUCCCCAACACCAUCAACUACUGGCUCAAGAACCGAGGGGAGAUGCUGCUU